CCCAAUUGCAUUGCACCAAAGCGUUUAAAAGUAAAAGAUGGAGGAGAGACUGUUGGAUUUAAAAUCAAAGAUCGACGGCUGUCAGCGUUCUGGAUGGAACAUUCUAGAUCCCAACGACGCGCUUCUCCCCCUAGUCUCCUCCUAUAUAAACAUCUCCCAGACUUCAUACAAACCUACUUCUUUUACAAACCCUACUAUCUCUUUCCCUCUCUACAGCCCCCAUCUCUUUGAAACUAACUAUAAUAUAAGAUGGCCGGAAAGGGAGAAGGUCCGGCGAUCGGAAUAGAUCUGGGAACCACAUACUCAUGCGUGGGAGUGUGGCAACAUGACCGUGUUGAGAUCAUUGCUAACGAUCAGGGUAACAGGACCACGCCUUCUUAUGUUGCGUUCACCGACUCCGAGCGUUUGAUCGGAGACGCUGCCAAGAAUCAGGUCGCCAUGAAUCCUAUCAACACUGUCUUCGAUGCCAAGAGGUUGAUCGGAAGGAGGUUCUCUGAUGCCUCAGUGCAAAGUGACAUCAAGUUGUGGCCUUUCAAGGUCACCCCCGGACCUGGUGAGAAGCCCAUGAUCACUGUUUCUUACAAGGGUGAGGACAAGCAGUUUGCCGCAGAGGAGAUUUCAUCCAUGGUUCUGAUUAAGAUGCGUGAGAUUGCUGAGGCCUUUCUUGGAACAACCGUUAAGAAUGCAGUGGUUACUGUCCCUGCAUACUUCAACGAUUCACAACGUCAGGCUACCAAGGAUGCUGGUGUCAUUGCUGGUAUUAAUGUCUUGCGUAUCAUUAAUGAGCCCACUGCUGCUGCCAUUGCUUAUGGUCUGGACAAGAAGGCUACCAGUGUUGGUGAGAAGAAUGUUUUGAUUUUUGAUCUUGGUGGAGGUACCUUUGAUGUGUCCCUUCUUACCAUUGAGGAGGGUAUCUUUGAGGUUAAGUCCACUGCCGGAGACACACAUCUUGGUGGUGAAGAUUUUGACAACAGAAUGGUUAACCAUUUUGUUCAAGAAUUCAAGAGAAAGAACAAGAAAGAUAUCACUGGCAACCCCAGGGCACUUAGGAGGUUGAGGACAUCUUGCGAGAGAGCGAAGAGAACUCUCUCAUCUACUGCCCAGACUACUAUUGAGAUUGAUUCUCUCUAUGAGGGUAUUGAUUUCUAUUCAACCAUUACCCGUGCUAGAUUUGAGGAAAUGAACAUGGAUCUGUUCAGGAAGUGCAUGGAGCCUGUUGAGAAGUGUUUGAGGGAUGCCAAGAUGGAUAAAAGCACUGUUCAUGAGGUUGUACUUGUUGGUGGUUCUACUAGGAUUCCCAAAGUUCAGCAACUAUUGCAGGAUUUCUUCAAUGGUAAGGAGCUCUGCAAAAGCAUCAACCCUGAUGAAGCCGUGGCUUAUGGUGCAGCAGUUCAGGCUGCUAUAUUGAGUGGUGAGGGUAACGAGAAGGUUCAAGAUCUUCUUCUACUGGAUGUCACCCCUCUUUCACUUGGUUUGGAGACUGCUGGAGGUGUCAUGACAGUCUUGAUCACCAGAAACACAACCAUCCCCACCAAGAAAGAGCAGGUAUUCUCCACCUACUCUGACAACCAGCCUGGUGUUUUGAUUCAAGUGUACGAAGGUGAGAGGACAAGGACCAGAGACAAUAACUUGCUUGGUAAAUUUGAGCUAUCUGGUAUUCCUCCAGCUCCCAGAGGUGUUCCCCAGAUCACAGUCUGCUUUGAUAUCGAUGCCAAUGGUAUUUUGAAUGUGUCUGCUGAGGACAAGACAACUGGCCAGAAGAAUAAGAUCACCAUUACCAACGACAAGGGUAGACUCUCCAAGGAGGAGAUUGAGAAGAUGGUUCAGGAAGCAGAGAAGUACAAGUCUGAGGAUGAAGAGCACAAGAAGAAGGUUGAGGCGAAGAAUGCCUUGGAAAACUACUCAUAUAACAUGAGGAACACAGUGAAGGAUGAGAAGAUUGCAUCCAAGCUGUCCGCUGAUGACAAGAAGAAGGUCGAGGAUGCCAUUGAGGCAGCCAUCCAAUGGCUGGACACCAACCAGCUCGCUGAAGCAGAUGAGUUUGAAGACAAGAUGAAAGAGUUGGAGAGCAUCUGCAACCCAAUCAUUGCAAAGAUGUACCAGGGUGGUGAAGGUAGUGCUCCCAUGGAUGAUGAUAUUCCUUCUGGUGGAGGUGCUGGUCCCAAGAUUGAGGAGGUCGACUAAUUUUCUAGUCGAUAUUUUGUCUACUGUUUUUUAUGUUUCCUAAAUUUUAUUGUUUGAAAACAAUUGAAGGAUUGGUUCCUUAAACUUAUAUAUGUCGGUCUUUUUUGGGUUAAGAUGGAAUUGUUUUGUUUUCCAUCUUGGAUUUGUGAAUGCAAGUCCAUUAUAUGUGAAACAACUUAUUAGUGGUUAUCGUUGCAUUAUUUUCUUUCUUACAA